UCCCAGUGUCACCAUGAGCCUGUCACCUCGAGCCGGCUGCUGGCGGGUGCAAUCCUGGUCCUGGUGCUGGGGGACCCCACAAACGCCUGCAGCUGCGCCCCCCAGCACCCCCAGAUGGCGUUCUGCCAGGCCGACGUCGUGAUUCGGGGCAGGUUCAUGGGGAUCACUCCACUGAGCCACAACAGCAGCCGUGGGGAGUCUGUGCCGUGGGUCCGCUACGAGAUCAAAACCACCAAGAUCUACAAGGGGUUCGAGCCGCUGACGGACGUUCACUUUGUAGACACCCCGGCCCUGGAGAGCGUCUGUGGGUACCAGCACCCGGCACCCCUGAAGGGGGAGGAGUACCUCAUCAUGGCCACGCAGCAGGACGAGCGCCUGACGGUCUCCGCCUGCUCCUUCGUGCGCCCCUGGGGGCGCGUCCCCCCAGCCAGCGCCGCGGGGUCAGCCAGGCCUAUGAAGGGGGGCGCGGUGCCAGGUGAGUCCUGGGGAGACAGGGCCUGGGGGGGGCAUGGAGAUGGGGAGUGGGAGGGUCCCUAA